CUGAACAGCUCUCCUCCUAAAGCCGGCAGCAGGCGGGGAGAAGUCAGUCACUGUAGCCGACAGCAGAGCUGCACUCUCAAUCCUCCCUGAGCAUUUGUGCUUCAGACAGUGAGAAGAUAGGAAGAAGCAGCAGAGGAGGAGAAGAGGGAAAUUCAAUUCAAAAGAAGAAGGGGGAAUCUGUGGAAUGGCACCGGUGCAUGGGACCUGCAGCAGAAACAUGGAGCGGUCCGAGCACGAUCUGAAGGGAAAGUCCAAGAGGAAGAGGAGGAGGAGGUGUAAAGGCAAAGAACGAGUCAACAUGCUGUCAACCCUCAUCGGCCCCAUAAGACACUGGGAUACUGGAGCAUCAUCAGCUGAGGAUGCCGACAGUUUAAGUACAAGCAGUUUGGAGGUGAAAGAGAACGAAGAUGAUAAAAGCCAGGUGGACUGUGACCUACUACGGAAGUAUCAUCCGUCAACCUUUUGCACAAACUUCCCCAAACGCGGACCAAGAGCUCUGAAGAGGAAACAGCCACUGGCGGAUGGGAAAGACCAUCUGCUCUACCAAAGCCACUUGACUUGUAAGAGAGCAGCCUGGGCUGUCGCUCAGAAGAACGCGCUGGUGCAGCUGAACGAGCUACGACCCGGUCUGCGGUAUGAGAUCAUGUCAAAGACUGGCCCACUGCAUGCUCCAGUGUUUUCUGUGGGCGUGGAGGUAAAUGGUUUCCACUUCGAGGGCAGAGGACCAACAAAAAAGCAGGCCAAGAUGAGGGCUGCGGAACUGGCUCUCCGCUCGUUCAUCCAGUUCCCAAACGCCUCCCAGGCUCACGCCUCCAUGGGGAACUUCACCAGCACUCCUGCAGAUUUUACAGCAGAUAAACUGGACAUCCCUGACGCAUUCCUUAAAGAGUUUGAGCCAUCGCUGUUUGAAAACUGUGAUCUCCUGCACUGCAACACAGCAAAAAAUGAGGUUUUCUACAGCAUUUACAACCACAGACGACUUGUCCGACUCACACUGGACUUCUUCUCAACCAAUCCAAAAAGACGAGCCCUUAGCAGCUCACUUCUAGGGCGCCUCAGCCCAGUGGCGCUGCUCAAUGAGUUGCGACCAGGACUCAGGUACAUGUGCCUGACGGAGAGGAUUCAUGGCAGACCAAUGAGGAGAUUUGUUAUGGUGGUGAGGGUGGAGGGGAGGGUUUUUGAAGGGUGUGGCUACAGUAAAAGACUGGCCAAGGCUCAGGCGGCAGCAGCCGCCCUGCAGUCCAUUUACAACGUAACUCUGGGACCGGAGAGGAAGGUGAUGGGCCUCCACGGCAGCAAAGCCAAACAUCAGCUACCUCAGUUCUUCGCAGAGGCGAUUUUCCACCUGGUGAGAGAGAAAUACUCAGAGCUGACAGACGGCUGUUUCUCUACCUCCUCACAAGCCCGCCACAAGGUCCUGGCAGGCAUUGUAAUGACCAGAGGAUUUGACCUCAGAUCAGCGCAGGUUGUGUCUCUGGCUACGGGGACUAAGUGUCUGGACUCAGACAACGUGAGUGACCACGGCGGUACGCUCAGCGACUGCCACGCUGAAGUCGUAAGCCGGAGGGCGCUGGUUCGAUUCCUGUAUGCUCAGCUGGAGCUGCUGCUCCGUAAGCCAGCAGACAGUGAGGAACAAUCGAUCUUCGUACCAAAUAAAGGCGGCGGUGGCUUCCGACUGCAGGAUGGCGUCCUCUUCCACAUGUACGUCAGCUCAUCGCCGUGUGGAGACGCUCGACUCAACUGUCCCUAUGAGACCACAGCUGCAUAUCCCAGCAGGAGGUUCCACUGUCACCUCAGGGUGAAGGUGGACGGAGGCGAGGGGACGCUGCCCAUCACAGCGCCAAUGGCCAAUAUGAACUGGACCGGUGUGGCGCAGGGCAAACCUCCCGUCACCAUGUCCUGCACUGACAAGAUGGCAAAGUGGAGCGUUGUGGGCCUUCAGGGGGCCCUCCUGUCUCACCUGGUGGAGCCAGUUUACCUGCACAGCCUGACGGUGGGGACGCUCAACCACACGGGUCACCUGAGCCGGGCCAUGGCACGGCGCCUCACACCCGUCAAGAAUCUGCUCUUCCCGUACCGACGACAGCAACUGCUGCUCGGCUGUCUGAACAGCAGCGAGGUUCGGCCGACAGGGAAGGCGCCAAACGUCAGCAUGAACUGGAGCUGUGGUGACGGAGGCCUGGAGGAGAUCAGCACCUCCACAGGAAGGAGGAAGGACUCAGGGACGCCGUCACAGCUCUGCAAGCGCUCCAUGUUCGCACGCUGGCAGAGGCUGCAGCAGCAGUUUAAUGCUGCAGACACCACUCCAGGGACAUAUUCUGCUGCCAAGAUGGCUGCCGGACGCUACCAAAGGGCGAUGCAGCAGUUUACCAGCGCUCUGCAGGGUGGGGGGCUGGGAUCAUGGCUCAGAAAACCUCCAGAACUAGGUCACUUCAACGUCAAUGUGUGAAAAACUGUUUAAAGCUGAAUAUGGAGGGUUAGAGUGAAAUUCAUGUAUGGUUUUCUUUGAGUGAAUGAGGUACCAAGAAUGUGACACUAGAAAGAGCAGAAAGUUGGUAACUUUAUCUCUAUUUAUCUCACAUGAGCAAUGAUUAACUAGCUAGCUAACUAACUAACUUGCUAGCUGCAAGCUUAAACCUUAACCAUGUCACUGUAGCCACUUAGCUUACUAGCUAGCUCACUGGAGUAAAAUUGAAGAUAUUUUCUGUAAGUUUAACUAAGCAAUAUACAGUGUUUGGGUAAAAUUUAACAAAUCGCAAUAGUGUCCUCACUUAUAAGAUCUAAAUCCCAUUUUGGUCCUCACAAACACUAUAAUACAGAAGCGCAUACACACAAAAAACUUGUUUUUGUUACUUAGGAGGACAUUGCAUUGACUUAUAUCAAUGAAAGCUCAAUGAAUAUAUUGGAGACUUACCCUAACCUUAACCAUAACCACUACAUGACUAACUUCGCCAUAUAAUCUAAACUUAACCAAAAACCUAACAUUUAAAUGGUUUACCUUGAGGGGACCAGGUUUUUGUCAACCAUGGCGAGUCCCCACAGUGUAAUGGUGUGUGUCCAUUGUCAGCGUCAUUUCUCCGCUUCCUAUUCAUCUCUAUGGGAGCAGCCGUGCAAUGCAUUCUGGUAGCGUUG